AAGGGGGAAUCUCCACCAACUAGGACACCCAUGGAUGAGAGGCUGUUUUUUUCCCUAUCCCUUCGUGCGCUUCUCUGUACUAUAAAAACGACGUGCGUCACCAGCAUCUUCCUCUCUCGCAACCUGGGCAUCUUAUAGAUUGCGUCUGAACGACUCUUGUCCAACCCAUCUAUAUUAAAAAUAUAGCAAAAUACGCAACGAUGUCUUCCACCUCAAAGAAGCAUCAGUCAUUCUGCAACGAGUCGAUGAAGGGCAAGCCCGUCACCGCUGUUCCUGGGAUAGGACCCGUGCGUGGCGGCCAGCUGCAGACCCAAGGCUACCACAAGGCCACCGACGUCCUCGGCAAGUACCUAACCGUGAACGAGAACCGUAACCAGUUCCAGGGCUGGCUGAGAGAUGAGAGCGGAGCCAACGCCAAGCAGCAGGGAGACUGCUACAAGGCCAUGCGGGAAUGGAGCGACAACAACUUGUAGAAGAGUGUCCGUUAACACGCUGCUAUUCUCUUCGCCCCUUAACAAAUUAAUAUGUAGCCUGCUGUUUUAAUAGCCCUCAUUUUAUUGAGUUUAUUUGUUAAAUUUGGCUAAAGUUCAAAUGCCUUUUUGUUUUUAAAUACAUAUAUAUGUGGGGUGCAGUUGCUUCAUGGCAUACAUCUGGGAACAAAUGUGUAAUAAACAGUAAGUGUUCAUGGUUCUUAGCUUAGCUUUUAUGGAAUAGCUAUGUAAAGUUAUCAACAGGGGCAAAUACAUUUCAAAAAGAAACUUU